UCCUCCCUGGCUCUUCCCCUCAGUCUCCUGCUUCUCCCUUCUCUCUGCCUCUUUAUCCCUCUGUCCCUCUCUCUCUCUCACUCCCCGUCGGGCGGAGUCGCCCACCACCGCCAGCCCAGUGCCCGGGGACCUACUCCAGGCUGUAAGCUGCAGGACCCCACCACCCUCCAUGGCUCCCCUGGCCUUGGUAGGGUUCGUGCUCCUCCUGGGGACUCCCCCGUGCUCAGGGGCAGCCACUCCGACCCCCUCCCUGCCACCUCCCCCGACCAAUGACAGUGAUACCAGCACAGGGGGCUGCCAGGGCUCCAAUCGCUGCCAGCCGGGGGUUCUGCUGCCCGUCUGGGAGCCCAACGACCCCUCACUGGGUGACAAGGCAGCCCGCGCCGUGGUGUACUUCGUGGCCAUGGUCUACAUGUUCCUGGGCGUGUCCAUCAUUGCCGACCGCUUCAUGGCAUCCAUUGAGGUCAUCACGUCGAAGGAGAAGGAGAUCACCAUCACCAAGGCCAAUGGCGAGACCAGUGUGGGCACCGUCCGCAUCUGGAAUGAGACCGUGUCCAACCUCACGCUCAUGGCCCUGGGCUCCUCGGCGCCUGAGAUCCUGCUGUCUGUCAUCGAGGUCUGCGGCCACAACUUCCAGGCGGGCGAGCUGGGCCCGGGCACUAUCGUGGGCAGCGCCGCCUUCAACAUGUUUGUGGUCAUCGCCGUGUGCAUCUACGUCAUCCCGGCUGGCGAGAGCCGCAAGAUCAAGCACCUAAGAGUCUUCUUCGUCACUGCCUCUUGGAGUAUCUUUGCCUACGUAUGGCUUUAUCUCAUCCUUGCUGUCUUUUCCCCGGGUGUGGUCCAGAAAACACAGCAACAAGGAAUGUGGCCAUUGGACCUUAAAACCUGGUAUUUUCCCUACCUGGCUUAUUGCAGAGAUACUCUGGAGCCAUCUGAUUGUAAAUACUCUCGAAUCUGUUCUUCCUUGCCUUUAAUGAAAAAGGUGUGGGAAGCGCUGCUCACCCUCGUCUUCUUCCCGGUGUGCGUGGUGUUCGCCUGGAUGGCCGACAAGCGGCUGCUCUUCUACAAGUACGUGUACAAGCGCUACCGCACGGACCCGCGCAGCGGCAUCAUCAUCGGCGCGGAGGGCGACCCCCCAAAGAGCAUCGAGCUGGACGGCACGUUUGUGGGCGCCGAGGUGCCGGGCGAAAUGGUCGGCCUGGGCCCGGGCCCCGCCGAGGCCCGCGAGCUGGACGCCAGCCGCCGCGAGGUCAUCCAGAUCCUCAAGGACCUCAAGCAGAAGCACCCGGACAAGGACCUGGAGCAGCUGGUGGGCAUCGCCAACUACUACGCGCUGCUGCACCAGCAGAAGAGCCGCGCCUUCUACCGCAUCCAGGCCACACGGCUGAUGACCGGCGCGGGCAACGUGCUACGGCGACACGCGGUGGACUCCUCGCGCAGGGCGGCCCCGGCCGACGGCCCCGGCGACGACGAGGACGACGGCGCCAGCCGCAUCUUCUUCGAGCCCAGCCUCUACCACUGCCUGGAGAACUGCGGCUCCGUGCUGCUCUCCGUCACCUGCCAAGGCGGCGAGGGCAACAGCACGUUCUACGUGGACUACCGCACCGAGGACGGCUCCGCCAAGGCCGGCUCCGACUACGAGUACAGCGAGGGCACGCUGGUGUUCAAGCCGGGCGAGACACAGAAGGAGCUGCGCAUCGGCAUCAUCGACGACGACAUCUUCGAGGAAGACGAGCACUUCUUCGUGCGGCUGCUGAACCUACGUGUGGGCGAUGCACAGGGCAUGUUCGAGCCCGAUGGCGGCGGGCGGCCCAAGGGGCGGCUGGUGGCACCGCUGCUGGCCACCGUCACCAUCCUGGACGACGACCACGCGGGCAUCUUCUCCUUCCAGGACCGCCUGCUGCACGUGAGCGAGUGCAUGGGCACCGUGGACGUGCGCGUCGUGCGCAGCUCGGGCGCGCGCGGCACCGUGCGCCUCCCCUACCGCACGGUGGACGGCACGGCGCGCGGCGGCGGCGUGCACUACGAGGACGCCUGCGGCGAGCUGGAGUUUGGCGACGACGAGACCACGAAAACUCUUCAGGUGAAGAUAGUGGAUGACGAGGAAUAUGAGAAAAAGGAUAAUUUCUUCAUCGAGCUGGGCCAGCCUCAGUGGCUGAAGCGAGGCAUUUCAGCUCUGCUUCUCAAUCAAGGGGAUGGAGACAGGAAGCUGACAGCCGAGGAGGAGGAGGCUCGGAGGAUAGCAGAGAUGGGCAAGCCAGUUCUCGGGGAAAACUGCCGGCUGGAGGUCAUCAUUGAGGAGUCGUAUGACUUUAAGAACACGGUGGAUAAACUCAUCAAGAAAACCAACUUGGCUUUGGUGAUUGGGACCCAUUCAUGGAGGGAACAGUUUUUAGAAGCAAUUACGGUGAGCGCAGGGGACGAGGAGGAGGAGGAGGACGGGUCCCGGGAGGAGCGGCUGCCGUCCUGCUUUGACUACGUCAUGCACUUCCUGACGGUGUUCUGGAAGGUGCUGUUCGCCUGCGUACCCCCAACUGAGUACUGCCACGGCUGGGCCUGCUUCGGUGUCUGCAUCCUGGUCAUCGGCCUGCUCACUGCCCUCAUCGGGGACCUUGCCUCCCACUUUGGCUGCACUGUUGGCCUCAAGGACUCCGUCAACGCCGUAGUCUUCGUGGCCCUGGGCACCUCCAUCCCCGACACGUUCGCCAGCAAGGUGGCGGCGCUGCAGGACCAGUGCGCGGACGCGUCCAUCGGCAACGUGACGGGCUCCAACGCCGUGAACGUGUUCCUGGGCCUGGGCGUGGCCUGGUCGGUGGCCGCCGUGUACUGGGCGGUGCAGGGCCGCCCCUUCGAGGUGCGCACCGGCACGCUGGCCUUCUCCGUCACGCUCUUCACCGUCUUCGCCUUCGUGGGCAUCGCGGUGCUGCUGUACCGGCGCCGGCCGCACAUCGGCGGCGAGCUGGGCGGCCCGCGCGGCCCCAAGCUCGCCACCACGGCGCUCUUCCUCGGCCUCUGGUUCCUCUACAUCCUCUUCGCGAGCCUGGAGGCGUACUGCCACAUCCGGGGCUUCUAGGCGCUCCCCAGAGACCCGGCCUCCCGCCGGAGACGGCCGCCCCUGCUCGGGACCCGCGCCUCCUUUGUCCUCCAGAGACCCGGCCUCCUCCCCUGGGGCUCGGCCUCCCUUUCUGCUGGGAAUUGAUCUCCCUGCCCUCUGUCGCCACCAACAGUCUCCUCCCGGCCCCUGGGGAGCUUCCCCCAGUCCUCCGAGUUACCCACAACUGCAUCCCAUCACUGGUAGUUACUUACUGUCUACACCCCAGGGGAAAUUUCCAUCUGGAGGCCUUUCCCGUGAGAACCUGCCCCCAGCGGCUCUCUAGAGAGUCUGCCGUUUUCCCCCCUUGAUACCCAGCCUUGCUCCAUCUCUUAAGACCUUCUUCUUUCUCUAGAGGACCCUACCACCACCAUAGCUGUGAACCUGGGCCCCAGGGCUUCAGAACUCAGCCCUCCCUGGGGGACCCUUGAAGGAGGCUGAGUCACAGAUCUCAGCCCUGGCCCCUGACCCUCAGGGAGCUGCGUUGGGCCCUAGGGGGAGGGAGAGGAGCAGGUGGAUGCGUGCACAACGGGGGCACAUCUUCCCUGAUUUCUCCACUCAGGCCCUUGGGAGGACACUAAUUCUCGAGGCUUGGAGAAGGUAGGGGAGGAGUUUGGGGUUUCAGAGCUGGAGGAGGCACAUUUUGAACCUGCAACUUCUCACAUUCCAGUGCCCCCACUCGCCUCCACUACCUCUGAGAGCCCAGCCACACCUUGGGGAGGGGGGGGCUGUGUGUAUAUAUAGUGUGUUUGGGGAGGGGAUGCGGAAGGGUGCAUGUCUUAGGGAAAAGGGACGACAGACUGAACUUUUGAGAGGGCAGCAGACUUCCCCAGCCAUGAGAAUCAGCUUUGGGGAGGAGGUCAGGAAUCAAAGAGACUCCAGUGGAUCUCCCAUAACAAUCCAGAAGGCUCAUUUUGCCCUCGGUGCCAGCCAAUCCGGGAAGGACCCUCGAGGAGGAGACCGAGGGUCCCAGAGGACCACUGCUACAAGCCAGCAAAUGCUGCCACAUCUCUGCCGGAUGGGGAGCAG